GCAAAUGGCCGUCAGUCUUGAUUUUGGUGAUCUGUUGACUGGGUUGUAGCUGUAGUGGAUUAUAGGCUACGUUUUGAAAUACUCUGAUACUACCAUACAUUAUUGGCUUUGUCCAUGAAUGGCAUUGAACAAUUAGUUAUUUAGUUAUGCUUAUAUUAUAUAAUAUGUAGUGUAUCACAUGUAUCGAUGAGUUGAUUGAUGAUUUUUUUUUUGUGUUGGUGCUGAGUGAAUACGGUAAUUUGUAAGUUAAUCAAAAUGCAGAACACAUCUAGUCCUCUUUGCCAAUGGCUGAAGAAUGUUGAAAACAAACGGAGAAAAGAGGUUCUUCAUAAGAUGACAAAAACCCUUCUUGAACUGAAGCUGAAUGAGAAUGGAAUUAAGACUGCCUUCAAACAACUUUCAAAUACAUGUACAGUUGUUUUGGAGAAAUGUGAUUACACAAAUGAGAGAAAAUCAAAACAAAAUCACAAUCCAGGAAACAGGAAAAGAAGGAAAAAAGUGAGAAAAAGAGCCAUUUCCUCCAAGGCGGUUGAAGAAGUGCAGCAGAAUAGUGAUAGAUCAUCUGCAGAUUCAUCAAAAUCUUCAAAGAUAAUUGAUAGUGGUAUCAAUUCUGUUGAGAGGUUGGAAGGAGAAAAGUCACAGAGGGCAAUAUAUGAUUCAUAUACUGCCUCUCACAGCACUCCCAAUAGAAAUAGCAAUAACUUAUUAAAAGAUAAGAUAUUUGAAGAAUGCAGGAGUCCACCUUGUAAUACAAGAAAGAGAAAUGUAGCAAACUCUCUUGGUUGUCUGAAAGGGAAAUCAAAUAAUUCACUUGAUGAUAAAAGAUCCAAAGCAUUAAAAAGAAAAAGUAAUCCUAUAUCCACUGAAAGGCAAGAAGAAACUUAUCCAUUGAAAUCAACAAAAAGAAAAAGUAGCUACAUACUCACUGAAAGGCAAGAAGAAAAAACGAAAAGGAUAGUGGUGAGCUCAUCUGACAUACCCUGCUCUUCAAAAUCCAAAGGUGACAAUAAACAUAUUGCUCAAUUGAAAGAAACACUCAGUUCAAAGAUGGAUGUUAUAUCCAACACUCCAAAGAGAAAACACGAAUCCUCAAUCCAUUUGUCAACUUCAGAUAUCAUUCCUAGCUCGCCAGCCAAGGAUUCAGCUUGUAGAAAGGAAUCUCAAAAUCCCCAUACAGAACAAGCCAUGGAAAUAAAAAAAAUAGAAUCAGAUGAGAAUAGUGUCUUGAGAUCAAAAGCAAUCAUUGAUGAUGGGGCCAAUUUGAUGUUGAACUCUGAUGCAAAUCCUACAGCUGAGUCAGAGAAUAGGUUUAGUAGUAGAAACUCACAUGAUAAUAAUGGAUCAGUGCAGAAUAAGGAACAUUUGACACGGGAAAAUGAUAAACUUGACAAAUAUCCAACUGUACAAUCUGAAGCAGAUUCAAACCUUACUCAAUCUAUUCGCGAUUCAUAUAGAGACAUUACCAAGAAUUGGCCUGUCCCUAGUAGUACUGGAGGCAAUGUCAACUCUCCAAAUCCAUCUUUUGAAGUUGCAAGAAAAGAGAAAGAACGAUUUAUUGGCAUGAUAAAAGUUAAAGACCCAGUCUCCCUGGGAAUCAAUGCUCCUACAGGAUUUAUGCCAGAGAAUGCACUGAGUUGUGUAAAUGCUGAUAUUGCUACACAGAACUCUUACACUUCAAGUUCAUGUGUCAAUCAACCCGCCAAUGUUACCUUUAAUGUUAAUUCCUCACCAAGUUCAGGUCCAUGUAAUGUUACAGUUGGAAAUAAUAAUAUUUCUAUUUACCUUCAGAUGGGCCUUUCAGAUGUUACUAAGAAUCAAUUGGAACCCAAUGGGACUACUGUUAAAUUACCUAAUCAGUCCUGCUCAAACAGCAGUACCAACCAAAUGAAAGUAAACUCAAGUGAGGAAUGCUAUCAGGUUUGUAGUGGAAUGACAAAAGUUGUGGACAUGAAUUUGGACAAUAAUAAUAGGACAUUAACAAUUGGCACGAGUGCAUCAAGUCUUAAAACAUCCACAAAAAUCAAUUUAAUCAACCCAGCCAAUCCAACUGUACAACAAACUCAAAAUUCUGUAAAUACUGUACUUGAUGAAAUAAUUAAAAGCAUGGACAAAACGCAUUCAUCACUCAAAUCAACAGUGAAAGGGCCGCAAUUACCACCAAGAAUUAAUCCUUCAACAAGUGCUAACUCCAAAGUAGUGAAUCCAGUCAAUAUAGGUCUUGUUCAAAAAGAUUUGCCGACUGCCAACACUUUGAACCCAGUUACAUCAGUAUCCUAUAUGAACAUGUCAAUAGAUAAUUCAAGCAGUUCUCCAAAUAUCAAUUCAACAAGCAGUAAAAUGUGGGUGGAAAAUUCAUUGCCUGAGUCUAAUUCUGCUGUCACUGAAUCACAAAAGAACAAUUCAAGAAGCUCCCAUUCGGAUGAAUCAACAGUUGAAAGUGAGACACUAGAAUCCAUUCAUACUUCUUUCACAAUGAAUUUUGUAACUGAACAUACAAAUGUUGCAGAGCUGGAACUGGAUUUGGCAAAAAUACAGCAAAUGUAUAAUGAGAUAAAGGGUGCACUUUCUGAUAUGGCCCAGAAACAGGCAAAUAUUAACCAAAUGAAAAACAAUGAGAAUGAAAGGUUAUCAUAUAAUAAACUUAUUAAACAAAACAAUCAUUCCAUAAAUGUUCGAGCUUUAACUUUUGUUUCACUAUUGAUUCGAUUGUUAAAAAAGACUGAUGGAGGUAAUUUAUGUGAGAAAAAAUUUUUCUUAUUUGUGUAUGUGAAAAUAUUAGAACACUUCCUCUAUAACAAUGAAUUGGAAAUUGUUUUCAAACAAAUGCAAAAAGUUGUAAGCGAUCUACUACAUGUAAAUAAAUUAGACAAAUCUUUGAAGGAAUCUGAUGUAUCUCUUGUAAGAGAUCUCCAGUUGUUAGUGAAACUGCCUGAUGAAAUAUUUGAUAUAGCAAUUGCAAUAGCAGCUAAAACUAUGAAGUCACCAAUUGAAAAAUACUAUCUUUUGAAAAAUUAUAAUCUGACCAAAUAUAGUGGAUAUAUUCAGAAGUGCAUUGAGAGGUUAGCAUUGUCACAAUUUCUGAAAAAAUGCUUGAAGCAUUUUGUUUCACUUCAAAACAGACUGGAAUUUGCAGAACAGAGUAAGCUUAAUGCUCCAGAACCAAAUGCCGCAGACAAAGAAGAAAUGAACUUCAGUAGUCAUUCUUUAAAUAACACAAAUACCAAGUCUUCAGGUCAAUAUAGUGAUACCUUUGCAGACAACCUUUUUGCAUCAUUGGAUUCAUCUUUGAAUAAACCAAUAACACAAUCGAGUUAUAACUUCGCAGAAAAUGCUAUCAGGCCAGUAUCAGGUUCAACAAUGGAAAAACCAUCAAUUUUUGAUAACCCUGUACCAAACUCAAUAAUUUCAGAUUCAUCAUUGGGUAAACCCAUGAAGAAAUCAACAGAAAUCACUACUCCAAUAACAUUUUCAAUAUUGAAGGACUCAAUCUCGAGUAAUAAUGCUGCAAACAUUAUUCCAAUAGCUGGAUCCAAAUCGCUAGCAGAACCAUCACAAAAUAACUCCUUGACAGAGAGGAAUAAUUCGAAUGUUGGCCUUGCAAACUUCAAAGUAGGUGUAAAUAGUUCAGGAAGACGAGAAAUACAACUUAUUGAUGCACUACCAUUGAAAACAAAGGAUAAACACAAAUUGGAUUUGAUCCCUAGAUGUGUGCCAUCAAAACCACCAUCAUCUUUGGUUCAAAUUAUGAAAAAGCAAGUAGGACAGGUUUCAUCUAAGCCCAGUGUGGUUGCACAUGCGUCCAAGAAAAGUGAUUUGACAUCUCUCCAGUCCUCUGCCAAUAUCAAAAGAAACUCAGAUCCCAGUCAGUCUAUUGCUGUCAAUGACGAUUUGCAACCAAAUGCAACCUCCAACAAGGAAUACAAGAAAACAGCAGAAAAGGUUGACACAUCUGAUUUACUUCCAAUUAUUGUUGAAGUAAGGAGUUUGCAAGGAGUUGAUGAUCCCAGCUUGAAUUUUAAUACUUCAGAAGACCCAAAUGGAUAUUCAGAAUCAGAAACAACUGGAUCUACUCAUGUUUUACAUCAAGCUAACACAUCGACAGCAUACUUGAAUGAACAUAAUGCUACAACCAUAACUGUUGAAAAAACAGCAAAUACUAGUGACUCAGAAACUUCCAAUUUGAUUGGAAAAACAGCAAAACCAAAUCAAGCUAAACAGACUGGUUUUCUAAAACAAUCAUCACUUAUCCUAAAUAGGCCUGAAGCUUCAAAAAACUCAAUUCAACAAAAAUCAGUAAACCCAAUUGAGCCUGAAGCUUCAAACAGUACAAAUCCACAGAAAUCUUCAUCAGGUACCCUAAAUAGCCCUCAUCCAUCUACCAUAGAAUUAAGAAACCCAUUGUUGGCAUGUGCAAUUGAAACAAAUCCACAGAAACCUUCAGUGCCUCAACCUUCCAAUUUACAAAUGUUUGCAAACUCACAGGAAACCUCAGUCAUGCAAAAUAAGGUACAAGAUUCAAGUGGAGUAGAACAUCUGCCGAAAAAUGUGGAUCAGUCCGAAGCUACAAAUGAUAUGCCUCCAUCAAAACCUUUGGAAAAUGUGAUUCCAUCCAAGAAUAUAGUACUGCAGGAAUCAGCAAAUAUGGCUCAAGCUUCUGGAAGUGCUGCACCAACAUCAGGUGUUUCUCCAACUGCAAAUAAUGUGACUUCAAAAAUGUUUAUCAAAUUGCCAGCUUCAACAACCACAAACAAUACUACCUCAAAAGUUCUACCUACUGUUCUAUUCAAUCCUAAGGAUAAAAAGAUAUCCCUCUGUAAACCUCCUCCAACAAACCUGGUUCAUGGAGAUUCAGUCUUGAAAGCCAAAAAUUUAAUAUUUCAUCCUGCAGCUGUGAAUUUUGAAAGAAAAGUUAUAAGAUUAGAAAACCUGUUUGAUGGAAAAGCGACUACUACUGGGAACUCAUCAACUGAAAAUAUCACUGCAAAUUCGAUACAUAAUCUUCCACAGCAAUUGGGGAAACCGCAUCAUACACCUCUAGGAGAUCAGCUAAAUCAAUUCCUUGCAGCACCUGCUACUAUCGCAAAAUCUUCUGCAGAGGUGAAUACAAAUCUUAGACAUAAUCUUCCACAGCAAUUGGCUCAUCCUUCCCACACAACUGUAGGAGAUCGGCUAAAUCAAAUAGCUCUACCUAUAAAUCGGAAGCCACCGCUCCCACCUAUAAUUCAUGGUAGGAAGAAGAUUGUGCCAUAUAAUAUCAGCGUGCCUUUUCAGGAACUCCAGACAUUACAAGUAUGCCAGGAUAUCGAAAACGCUGUUGUGAAUGCUUUAGACCAGCGGUUCAUUGAAGUUUCCACAUUUCUUGGUGUUCAGUGUUUGUAUUGCCAAAGAUUAGGACGGGUUAGAAAGGCGCUUGUUCAGUGCAGUGUAUGUAAAACUGCCCGAUACUGUGAUGUCAUUUGUCAGAGAGAUGAUUGGAAGAAUCACCAGCCGGAUUGUCAACCCUAUUAGUUGAUCGAAAAAACAAAAGUCUGCUAUAAUUAGUUUAAAACGUCUAUAAAACCGGUAUAGUUUAUUUUUUUCUAGAAAGUGUUAAAAACUUUGGAUGGAGAAAGUUUGAAUUCUUCACACUAGAAUACUUACUAUAAGCGCACCGACUGUUAGAAAUUUUUUGGAAUCAAAAUAGGCCUACCGUACUGUAUGUUGUGUUCAUUAAUAAUUGAAGAAUGUGAAGAAACGAUAAACUCUUCAUUGUUCAGUAAAGUAUUGUUUAAUUUAUUUUAAUGAUUACUGAUGUAAAGAAAGAAUAUUUUUAUGAUUUUGUUUUUUUUUUAAGAGAGUUGAAAUAAUUUGAACAGGCUGAUUGUUACAUAAGAUAAUGACUGUGAUGCUUAGGUAAUCUUUCUUCUCAAUGUUCAAGUAAAAUACUUGAAAUUAAAGCCAUACGCUGAUAUUUACUCUCAUAGUAUAUGAAGAGAAGGUAAUUUUCUCAUUUUGUUUCGAUUGGCUACUUUGUUCCGUUUAAAAAUUGGAAUUUUAAGUUGUUAAUUUUCCGGUAUUUCAUGAAAAUGUUAACCAUGUUAGGCACGUCAAGUGAGCAUCACAUUAAUUAGGUACUCUUCUACUGUUGAAUUAUUUAGGCUAUUGAUAUUACACAAUUGAUAUUAUAAGACAAUUAAUAUUACUCGGUGACUCGAUGAAUACUUGUUGGAUGUUUUUCCUAUAAAAUAUAGAAACUGCAAUAAAUGGCUCGAAUUACCUAUUCAA